AUGGCCCCCAUCUCCCACUACGCGCAGCGUGAGUGGGCCUCCCUGCUUGGCACCAAGACCUCGGCUGUGGCUUAUGGUCUCUACUGCUCCUUGGAGGUCUUGGAGUGGGACAAGGGAGUGCCUCUUAUCGAGGAUGCAGUCAGGGUGGUGGCACUGGCUAACAACUUAGCUUUUCUGGCCGGGUGUCUUGACAAUCUCACCGACGAGCGGUCUGAGCUGUCUUCUACGGAAAUAACCGACCUUCUUCGACAGGCUGGGAAGGUCCGGAAGGCUUUGGAGCAGCUGGGCUCCCAUCUAGUCCUCAACACCCCUCUCUGCGGCAAUAGCAGCAGCAGCUUUGCGCUCCAUCCAGACCCUGCCGUUGCUGCUUCGCUGAGGACAGGCUCUAUUUCUUGUCUUUCUUCUUUUGUGUCCUAGCUGUCGGGCUUGUUGGUGCUGGCUGUCGGACUGUGGCUGAGGCUUGACGCGGACACGGCCCAGCUCCUGACGGGCGACGGCGCCCCCGAGACCUUCUUCAUAGCCGUCUACAUCCUCAUUGGGGCCGGAGGUCUCAUGAUGAUGGUGGGGUUCUUCGGUUGCUUCGGGGCCGUUCGCGAGUCUCAGUGCCUUCUUGCGUCGUUCUUCGCCUGCCUCCUGAUUAUCUUUGGUGCCACGGUUGCAGCCGGCGUGUUUGGAUUCUUGAACAAAGAUCAAAUUGUCGAGGAAGUCCAAAAGUUUUACAGCAGCGUCAUCUCUGACACCUCCAACUCCAACAGCACCACGAUAGCGUCCAUGUACCACACUGUUCUGAAUUGCUGUGGUGGGGCCUCGCCGGACCCAACUCUAUGCCCCGAGUCUGAUGAAGAGACCAAGGACUGUCUGACCGCGAUAACAGACUUUUUCAACGAAAAGCUGUACAUCGUUGGAUAUGUUGGGAUAAGCAUUGCCGGAGUGAUGAUCAUAGGGAUGAUCUUCAGUAUGGUGCUCUGUUGUGCAAUCAGAAACAGCAGGGAGGUUAUAUAAUCCAUACUGUGAAUGGACCCCACCUACUAUCCCCCCUCCUCCUCCCCCCCCCCCACACACACACACGGCCCUCUGCAGACGCCCCGAACUUCUCACAAUCAGACCCUCUGGUUAAGAAGUGGAUGACCCAAACAGAAAUGGUUCAGAACACCUAUGGAUGGUGGGGGUUCCGUCAUCAAGCCCAAUUAGAGCACAACAACACACGGGAGAGGGGGGGGGUCGUCUUCAAAUGGUCUCUGAAGGAAAGGAACUCCACCCAAAAGAAGAAGAGAAAGAUGGGCCGCCAUCUUUGCACACUCUCCUGGACUCCACCAGCACUGAAGCUACAGAUUACUUCCCGGGUUGCUAUCUGUGACACGCAGCCUUUCUCACAUCUCUGACAUUUCUUUGUUUCGUUUUAUCGCCUCGUAACACUGCCCACGUUCCUCCCGGCUUACCGCACACUGCCUCCAGCAUGACACACAUUAAAAAAAGAAAACCCCCUCCGACGUGGCAGCGUUAUGACUGAGGCGUAUUGCUGUAAAUAGGCUAUUUAUACGAACCCCUUGUUUUAUGUGCCUGCUUCUAACAUUAUUUAUUUGACGCACCUUAUGGCCAUUUUGACGUCAUUUAUUGGCUUCUCGUUAAUCCGUGUGCAUAAAUUUUGAGGACUAGCCCGUACCCUUGCAGCGUACCUCCCGCCCUGCAGGGCCUGUACUGUGCAUUCAAACAGAGACGCCUGCAGCUACCCUCGCCCCGGCCUGUUGCAGCACGCACACACAUACGCGCACGCGCGUGCGUGCACGCACACACACGUGUGUGCUGCCUGUCUGCAAUCAUGCUUGCAUUCACACCGACACGCGCAACAGACGGAAGCGCAUGCUCGGUAUCGACCCACAGGGUUUAGGGCAGGUCCGAUGACAAACUGCCUCUCUGUGCGUCUCUAAAACGGCCCAGAUGUUGGUGAAUUUAUGCAACGUCGUGUGUGCGAACCCCCCCCCCUAACAGCGAGCUGCUUUUUGUGUGACUUCACGCGGGUUUGCGUUUUGCUCGUGCGCAAACGGCACGCGGAUCACAUCUUUAAUGUGGGCUUGUAACGUGCAGAGCAGAAUUAAAUGUAUAUCGGGUGCUUUCGUGAACGUCUGUGGUUUCUUACUUCUGGUUUUUUUGUGUGUGCACAAAUCUUUCAUCCAAACCGUCAUCUGCGCACACAGCGCGCCACGUCUGUCAGCAGCGGCGUCUUGCAACAGCGUCACAUGUGGUGAGUCAGGUUUAUAAAUAUACACAUGGCGGGAUGCACAGGAGGGCCUGCUGGUCCCAUCGUGAAGGCGGGCAGCGCUGAAUCUGGGUUGAGUGAUGUUUGGAAACCGUCUACACAAACCGCAUACCCGGCGCUUGCGUAACGCUUUAUGAAUGGGCCUGCAGGGCCCAGUGUCACAUGACCGGGAGGCUUCUCUACCGGCCGCCAUUUUGUGGUAAGAGCCGAGCAACGUUUUACAGGCAGUUUUAACUCAAAGAACAUGGAAACACUGUAGCGAAUCCGGGGGACAAGGCAACCACAGGAACUGCCGCGGCCGGGACGCGAACCCGUGUCGCCCGCACCGCAGGAGACAUCGCCAACCGCUAGACUAAAGGGUCAGACCCGCCAGCCAGCGUAUCUACGAAUCCAGUGUUUCUCAACCCAGUCC